CUCCGUGCGCCAACUGCCAUGUAUGAUUCGGACACCGCAAACGACACUCCAAAGCGUGGUCCGUGCACAGAAGGCACGCGUAUCGAGGUCUUACAGCGCAUUCAUGCUUGGGCUAAUGACAAUUCUCCAUCAUCUCCUCCCAUCUUCUGGCUCAGCGGUAGGGCGGGGAUGGGGAAGUCCACCAUCGCAUAUACCGUCUGUCGAUCUUUUGACUCUAGUGAAAUCUCCUGUGGUCUCGGUGCCUCCUUUUUCUGCUCCCGCCAGGUUGGCAGUUUGCGACAUCUGGGGAACAUCGUGCCCACUGUGGUAUACCAGCUCGCGAAAUGUUCGUCAUCAUUCGCAACCGCUCUUCGCGACACCGAUCAUGAUUUUAUUCACAACUCGGACAAACAUAUCAGUCGCUUACUGGUUCAUCCGUGGCGGUCAUCAUCGAAAGACCGUUCUGAUGAUCUUCCCCCCACUCUCAUCGUGAUUGAUGCACUUGAUGAGAUUGAAGAAGAUGGCGGUACGAAACUGCUACAAUCACUUAUGGAGAUGAUGGCAGAAGCAGGUCCUAGUCGUAUGCGUGGUCUCAAGAUUCUCGUGACAAGUCGUCCUCAUCCCACCAUAGUCAAUAUGGCCAAGUCACUAUCACCCGAAGCCAUCUACCACUUGGAGGACAUCGACGAGCAGACUGGCCGAGAAGACGUCAUGAGCUUUCUCGUCGGCAGCUUUCCAGAACUUGGGACCUCAUAUCGAGGCGAGCUAGAAGGCCUUGCAGAUCUUUCGAACGGCCUGUUCAUCUAUGCUGCCACAGUAGUUCGUUUGAUAUCCCGUCGCGACCUUUCUACGAAGCGAAAGGCUAAGCGAAUUUCUGUGAUCCUGCAGGAGAAGAAUGCCAGCCCACUACGAGGCGAGUCCCGCUUGCCCAUCGAUAAAAUCUAUUCGGACAUCAUUGACGAGUCUAUCCGAAUCGACCAUGCGCACGAGAUCAGCAGCUUCCGACUUACUGCUCUCCAUGUCAUUCUAUGUGCUAUUCAACCCCUCUCCAUCCUUGAAAUCGCAAGCCUUAUGUCCAAUGCCUCCGCUGAUGUUGAUGCAGAGGAUGUUCGGCUGCUUGUCGACAAUCUUUACGCCGUCGCAUACAUCUCCAAUGAUCGCAUAUAUACAUACCACAAAUCAUUCUCUGACUACCUUUUGGACGAGCAGCGCUGUGGCCCGGAGAUGAGAUGCCGACCGGAUGCUAGUCAUCAUGUCCUUGCUCAAGGGUGCUUUCGAAUCAUGAAACACUCCCUCCGGUUCAAUAUAUGCAGUCUCCCAUCAUCCUACCUUUUUGACUCCGAGGUUAAGGAGCUCGAUCAGUCCAUCACCAAAAACAUAACCAAUGUCAUAGGUCUGGGAUAUGCAUGUCAGUACUGGCCAUCACACCUGAUGAAGGUAUCAACUGCGAGCGCAGCCCCUCGUCUCUUGCACCAACUGUUGACAUUCAGUCAAUCAGAGAAGGUGCUAUUCUGGAUUGAAGUCAUGAAUCUGCUUUCUGCUAAGAUGGCUUGCUACAAUGGAAUGAAUAUGGUCAUGAAAUGGGUGACCAAGAUAGUGAGCUAUUUUGUUCUGCUGCAGCUAGGUUUGACGGCGGUCUCAAGGCUUGUCAAGUCAUUUCUACAGACACCUGCAUCGCUAUCGACACCACAUCUGUACAUCUCGAGUUUGGCAGCAGAGUUUGGUUCAAAUUCAGAGAUACCGCAUGAGUGGAGGGCAGGCUUUCCUGGUUUGCCAUACCUGCGCUUCGCCGGAAUCAGUAACCAUGGUGGUGUCCUCACAAAAAUUGAUGUUGGGUCUCGAGUGCAAUCCAUCGCCUUCUCCGCUGAUGCUCAGCGUGUCGUCUCGGGCUCGGACGACUCGGUGCGCAUCUGGGACGCUUCCACCGGGAAGGAGCUGCAGAAACUGAAGGGCCACACUGGCCUUGUCACCUCCGUUGCGUUCUCCCCUGACGGCCAGCGCGUAGUCUCGGGCUCAUACGACAAGUCGGUGCGCAUCUGGGACGCGUCCACCGGGAAGCAGUUGCAGAAACUGGAGGGCCACGCUGGCCCUGUCGCCUCCAUUGCGUUCUCCACUGACAGCCAGCGCGUGGUGUCGGGCUCAUACGACAAGUCGGUGGGCAUCUGGGACGCGUCCACCGGGGAGGAGCUGCAGAAACUGGAGGGCCACACUGCCCCUGUCACCUCCGUUGCUUUCUCCACUGAUGGCCAGCGCGUGGUCUCGGGCUCGUACGACAACUCGGUGGGCAUCUGGGACGCGUCCACCGGGACGGAGCUGCAGAAACUGAAGGGCCACGUUCGCCCUGUCACCUCCAUUGCGUUCUCCACUGACGGCCAGCGCGUGGUGUCUGGCUCGUACGACGAGUCGGUGCGCAUCUGGGACACGUCCACCGGGACGGAGCUGCAGAAACUGGAGGGCCACGUUCGCCCUGUCACCUCCGUUGCGUUCUCCUCUGAUGACCAGCGCGUGGUGUCUGGCUCGUACGACGAGUCGGUGCGCAUCUGGGAUGCGUCCACCGGGACGGAGCUGCAGAAACUGGAGGGCCACGUUCGCCCUGUCGCCUCCGUUGCGUUCUCCACUGACUGCCAGCGUGUAGUCUCGGGCUCGGGGGACGAGUCUUCGGUGGGCAUCUGGGACGCGUCCACCGGGGAGGAGCUGCAGAAACUGGAGGGCCACACUGCCCCUGUCACCUCCGUUGCUUUCUCCACUGAUGGCCAGCGCGUGGUCUCGGGCUCGUACGACAACUCGGUGGGCAUCUGGGACGCGUCCACCGGGACGGAGCUGCAGAAACUGAAGGGCCACGUUCGCCCUGUCACCUCCAUUGCGUUCUCCACUGACGGCCAGCGCGUGGUGUCUGGCUCGUACGACGAGUCGGUGCGCAUCUGGGACACGUCCACCGGGACGGAGCUGCAGAAACUGGAGGGCCACGUUCGCCCUGUCACCUCCGUUGCGUUCUCCUCUGAUGACCAGCGCGUGGUGUCUGGCUCGUACGACGAGUCGGUGCGCAUCUGGGAUGCGUCCACCGGGACGGAGCUGCAGAAACUGGAGGGCCACCGCGUGGUGUCGGGCUCAUACGACGAGUCGGUGCGCAUCUGGGACGCGUCCACCAGGAAGGAGCUGCAGAAACUGGAGGGCCACGCUGGCCCUAUCACCUCCGUGGUGUUCUCCGCUGACGGCCAGCGCGUGGUGUCAGGCUCGGGGGACGAGUCGGUGCGCAUCUGGGACGCGUCCACCGGGAAGGAGCUGAAGAAACUGAAGGGCCACGCUGGCUACCUCACCUCCGUCGCCUCCUCCACUGACGGCCAGCGCGUGGUCUCGUGUUUGAACACCAAGUCGGUGCGCAUCUGGGACGCGUCCACUAGGAAGAAGCUGCAGAAACUGAAGGGCCACGAUGACACUGUCAAAUCUGUUGCGUUCUCCAUUGACGGCCAGCGCGUGGUCUCGGGCUCUUGGGACCGCUCGGUGCGCAUAUGGGAUGCAUCCACUGGGAAGGAUGAUCGCGACAUCGAAUGGGAAUCAGGUCCUGACGGCUGGCUUAUGUCGAAAACAUCCAACCACCGUCUUAUUUGGCUCCCGACCCAUUUGCACCAAAGCCUUUGCAACAAAUACAUUCGGCUUGUCAUCUCUCGAAAGCCUUAUUCUGUUCUUGACUUCUCAUCAGCAUGUCUGGGCUCUGAUUGGACGAAGUGUUAUAUCGGAUCAGGGAGAUGAAGAAUAGCUACGGGGUAACAUGUGUAGAGGGGGUGGCAUUAUGUAAAGUCUC